UGUCUUAUCGUUGUUGCCUGCAAAAUGUUUGGAGACCACUGGGCUAGGCCAUUAAAAGUGUUACUAAACCCAGGACCCUGCAUUCACUAUAUCCGCUCUCCCCGGACCCUGCAUUCACUAUAUCUGGUCUCCCUGGACCCUGCAUUCACUAAUAUCCGCUCUCCCAGGACCCUGCAUUCACUAUAUCUGGUCUCCCCGGACCCUGCAUUCACUAUAUCUGGUCUCCUCGGACCCUGCAUUCACUAUAUCUGGUCUCCCUGGACCCUGCAUUCACUAUAUCCGGUCUCCCUGGACCCUGCAUUCACUAUAUCUGCUCUC